AGGGACUGCUGUCGUCCAGGUCACCAACCUGUCCUCGGCCGUGAGCAGCGAGCAGAUGCGCACCCUGUUCGGCUUCCUCGGAGACAUCGAAGAGCUGCGGCUCUACCCUCCCGAUAAUGCCCCUCUGUCUUUCUCGUCCAAAGUGUGCUAUAUAAAGUACCGAGACCCCUCAAGUGUUGGUGUGGCGCAACAUCUCACCAAUACUGUUUUUAUUGACAGAGCUUUGAUAGUGGUGCCAUGUGCGGAAGGUGAGUGAAAGUCGUUUUCUUUAAAGUAAUACAAAUGCAAUGUACGAGUUGCUAUGAGGUCCUCCCUUUAAAUUCAACCGUUUGCUGUUUUGGUUGAAUUAUGGGUUGUUGUUUUCUUUUUUUCACAUGGAGUUGUGCCAGUUGGGUAGUCUUGAUUUUUAGCUACUUAUGACACUAGUAUUGUACACAGGUGUCUGGUUGUAUCACCUCUUAAAACCCAAGCCAUCGUAUUCCGGUAGUGCCCAGCCAAGGUUUCUGUUUGCAGUCACAAGGUUGUUUCUAUCAUUAGAGCAGUGAUGAGUGUUUUUGAAGCUGCACUACAUUGCUUUACUCACUGUAAACACUGGAUUAUGUGAGACAAGUAGCUUGAGUAUUUCCUGUAAUAAACUGCCAUUACUUGUUUCAUUGAAAUGACAAAAUAAGUCCAUGGUAUCACAGCUUAAUUAAUCCUUUUCUCUCUUUUUCAUUUUUGGUGCUCCCUUUCUUUUAACUUCCCCCCCUUGUGUACAGUCAAACAAAUGAUAUCACCUCUAACUUGAUGCUUUUUGUCCACGUGACUUGGUGCUGGAUGGCUACUGAGUUUAUUAAUUUGGUUUUGUAUGUUUUUUCUGUGUGAUUAUGUGUGCAUAUCAGAUGACUAGACUGGCCCAGCUGUUACACUACACUAGCCUGAGUCAGGCAUUGUUUUCCAAGCCACUAUCCCCGAUCGGGCCAACGCAGCCUUCAAGGGGGAAUGUGACCAGGAGAAUAGCCUGCUGAGCCUUCCAAGAUGGACACCUUGUCUCUUUUUAUUUAUUUAUUUAUUUAUUUUGGUUUGUUUCCUUUCAUACUUUCCCAUGUUGUCCACUCUUUACUGUCUCUAUCUAGAAAAUAUAGUAUUGCUUAUCUCUAGCUUUGUGUUUAUAUUUGUUAUUUUGGUUUGUUUUGAUUAUUGUCCAACCCCCACCCCCCUCUCUCUUUCUGCUACAGCUGCAGCUUGUGUGUGAUUGAAUUCUGUCCAGGUUGCUACGGCAUACCGGUGGGAUGUGUAUCACACAUGGGAUGCUAGGAGGAUCACUAACACUUUACUCUCUUGUCGCCUACUCCUGUUCAGAUAGUGAGGGGCUAGACAUUAUGAAUUGAUGCAGCCAUUGGGGUUGUCUUGUGUUGCACACCUUUCCAACACUGCGAAACGAUCGCCCCCACGGAAAAGCGCCCAUGCUUGAUAUCGUAUGGUUCAUGACCAAUAUGUUUCCAGUACAGGGAAAAUCCCAGAAGAGGCCAAAGCCUUGUCUCUUUUGGCUCCUGCCACCCCAGCACCUAGUCUGAUUCCUGGUGGGGGGCUGCUGCCAAUUCCUUCUCCUGCUCCCCUUCAGAAUCUGAAUGUCCCUGCAGUGAGUCGACUGUCAGCUGCUCUGGACCCCGCAGCAUCAUCACUCGCCCAGCCCCCCCUCAUGGGAAAUGUGGACCCCUCAAAAGUGGAUGAGAUCAGGAGGACCGUCUAUGUUGGCAACCUGAACUCACAGACCACCAAUGCAGACCAGCUGCUGGAGUUCUUCAAGCAGGUGGGCGAUGUGAAGUUCGUGCGAAUGGCUGGAGAUGAGACUCAGCCGACACGCUUCGCCUUCGUAGAGUUCGUUGAGCAGGAGUCCGUCAACAGAGCCCUGACCUUCAAUGGAGUCAUGUUCGGAGACAGACCUCUGAAGGUGAAUCAUUCCAAUAACGCCAUUGUCAAACCCCCAGAGAUGACGCCACAGGCUGCAGCUAAGGAGCUUGAAAGUGUGAUGAAGAGGGUGAGGGAAGCCCAGUGUACCAUUGCUGCUGCCAUAGAUCCAGCUGACUUAAAGAAACGCUCCUCCAGUAGCUCUCAAAGAUUACGUCGCUCCCGCUCACGGUCAAGAUCCCGCUCACAAUCAAAGAUUCACAGGAAAAGAUCCCGCUCGAAACACAGACCGGCGCCAAAGUUGUUGCCGAGGAAUGACUCCCACAAUCCCUGCAGCAGCCACAGGAGGCGAUCUCGUUCCCGAGACAAGAGACACAGUCGCAGUCGCUCUAGGGGCCAUAGGAGGAAGAGUAAGGAUAGGUCCAGGAGCCCCCGGAGGAAAGCAAGGUCACCCUCACCAAAAAGAGGAAGGAAAGACAAGAGGAGGGAGCGCAGCAGAGACAGGAAAGAACGCUCAACAUCCAGGAAGAGGAGCCGCAAGGACGAGGACAGGAUGAAGAGCAAGGCCAAGCCAAUGAAGGAGCAAAGGGACUACGACCGGGAAGAAAAGGAAGAAUAUGAAAGUGACAGAGAGGACACGCUCAGUGAGGACAUAAUGUCAUCACCCUGCGCCCAGCAUAACGGCAGCUACAAGACUCACAAUGAGUAUGCAUCAAUGGACAGCAACAAGGGACUAUUCCAUUGCCAUGGAAACUAACCCUUUUUUUCAUCAAAUUAUGUCAGCAUCCAUCACAUGAGUAUAACCACUAACAACAGCAUGUUUGUCUCAUCAUCAUCAUCAUCAUCAUCAUCAUCAUCAUCAUCAUCAUCAUCAUCAUCAUCAUCAUCAUCAUCAUCACCAUCAUCAUCACCAUCAUCAUCAUCAUCACCAUCAUCACCAUCAUCCUCAUCAUCACCAUCAUCCCCUGGUGUACAGCCUGAUUUCUAGAGUACAUCGUUGCCAACACAUGGACGCUAUUAUUCAGCUCCUUCUCCAUAUCCCACUUUAAGGGCACUCAAUUUUGGGACAUGCAGCAGAUGCACUUGAUACAAUGUACAAAAUCAGUACAACACUAAGUAGUGCAAGCUUAGGAACACUGCAACAAAAACUGGAAUGUAGACGUGUUGGAUGCAUAACCUGACAUAAAACAGCAAAUGUAGUAAACAUCUUGACCACACCUGGUUGUUCAGAAAGCCUGUUAUGCCUUCAAAAUGAUCAGUAAUAGUGUAGUAGUGUAGUAGGUAUGCAUUUUCUUUAUAAAUGCUAAUUUCUUGCAAAUUAUUCAACCAAAUAAUUGGUUAGAACAUUUCAUUUGAUUUAAAGGUGCCCUGUUAUGCUUUUUGAGGUUUUCCUGCAGUGCGUUAUGUACGUUUUUUUGCAUGUAAAUGGUCGGCAAAGGCUAAAAUCCCCACUAACGGCAAGCUGCUGUUUUCUCAAUGUAUAGACAACUCCCUUGAGCUCUGACUGACUUAUUGCUUGGUUAAAAAAUUGGUGCACCUCUGUUAAAAACGCACUUUUAUGGUUCUCGCCAGAGGGAAUUUCUUUCCCGCACCCCAAAUUAAAAGGGCACUUUUAAAACAAUAAAAUAAAACCCUCUCUCUGACUGAGGUCUCAUGAGGUGCAACUGUUUUUCUCAUAUUCUGCUUCUCGGCCUAGUGUGGCUUCCCCUAUUCUGCUGUUUAUUUACAGAGUGAAAUAAAUGAUAACUUUUAUAGGUGUAAGAACAUGAAGGCCCUGAACACAUUGAAAAAUACAUGAUAAGUUGCCCUUUGUGUGGCGUUAAAGGAAGAUUUGAACAACCAGGUUUGUAAAGUCAUUAUUUCCCCCUGCUCUGCCUCCUGGAACUGGCACGUCCUGCAACAUGCUCGCUGAUGAGACUUAAAGUGUAAUGUGAGAAUGCAUAAUGGUGUAAAACUGUUCCUUUCAACAUGUUGCUUAUAUGUUUUUUUAAAAGAAAAUGUCUCGUAAGGUCUCCAUGAAUACAUUGUUUUAUCAGUGUUCUUUCACGUGCUUUUUUAUAUUUCGGGUUAGUUGCUGAAUAUAGCUGUCACAAUGUUUCUUUGUCCUAUUGUUGUAAUGCUGUGAGAUUAAAAAAAAAGAUUUACUGUUUUUUAAAUACUAAACAAGCCGAUACUGUAAAAAUGAUGGUGGUGUGCAACAUGUGUGUUGGCUCAUAUUGCUCUAAAGAAAGUGAGAGGCAAACAAAGCCUGGAUAUGUCAAAGGUCAAAUAACUGCACGCACAGGAAGGUCAAAAAGUGCCUAGACUCAGAUUGUACAGAAUAUUCUAAUACAACAUGGAGACUCAUUGACAGAUGCAACUUGGAUUUAUUGCUUAGGAUAUAAAAUACCUGAAGUUUGAGAUGUUAUUUAAGUAUCGUCAGCUGUCUUUGGUAAUGAAUAGAGUAGAUUGAGCCUUCAUUAGAUUUUUGUGGAUUUGUCUUUUAUUUCACAAUCUUUUCUUCUGUCGUCUUUAAAUUCGCUGUUUCAUUUUGCAGUAUUGUGAUUGUGUCAAAAAUGUGUUGGCAUCUGGCCCCGCAUUGACAUCAGUGCUUUUAGGAAAGCUUUCAUUUUAAAUGGAAUUUAAAUUCCACUUUUAUGACUUUUACAAACCUAAUAGUAUUUUCUUUUCCUGCUUUUUUUUAUUUACACAAAGCUUCAGUUUGAAGUGGUGAACUCGUGAUAAUGUUACAUAAAAAAACACAAUAACACAAACCGUAUUUUGGAUCCACCAUGUAGAGUCAAUAUUCAUGGUUUGGUUCUGGGAGGUAAGGCACUUAUUGAUAUCUGUGUUUGGGACUUAUUUUAAGAUUGGUGAAAACACUAUUUUUGAAGAGCCUGGAUGUAAGUGGUCCUUCUCAGUUUGAAAAUCCAUUUCCAAAACACUCAAUAAAGACACUUGUCAUUCAGUCA